AUGGCUUCUGCGGCUAUUCAACUUCCCGGUGCCCGUGGCUCUUCGCUCUCAGAGAAGCCCAUCGUCCCUGUCUCCGAGAAACCUCACCAUGUCCAAACUACACUGAACUACUUCAAAGAGAACGAGGACGGUUCUCCCCCGGCACCAUCGUAUGUCGGCAGACCAGAAACUUAUGAUCGACCUGUGUAUCCUCAGUCUUCCACCAUCCACGACAUUAGCGGCCAUGAACUUGACUACAAGCUAGACAGCCAUGGAUUCCAGUUCUACUAUCAUGAAAGCCAAGAGAAGGACUUCUUAGAUGAUGAGAAAAUCAAGACAGCAUACUACGCAGAAACAGAACAGCUGCUAAAAGACGCCACGGGUGCCUCCCGCAUCUUCAUCUUCGACCACACCAUCCGCCGGGCCCAAACUGACAAAUCCUUCGGUUCCCAGCUCCGCGGACCUGUACAGCGCGUACACAUCGAUCAAUCCUACAGCGCGUCCAAGAACAGAGUCUCCUUUCAUCUCCCGGACGAGGCACCCGAGCUUCUAAAGGGCCGAUACCAGAUCAUCAACGUCUGGCGUCCGAUAAAGACUAUCCUGAAGGAUCCAUUGGCCGUGGCGGAUGCAAAAUCAGUCCCGGAUAGUGACCUUGUGCCCAUCGGGCUUAUAUACCCGGACCGGGAGGGUGAGACGUACGCCGUCAAGCCGGAUCCUAAUAUCAAGUGGUAUUAUCGCUAUGGGCAGACUCCGGAUUUGGUGACGCUUAUUAAAUGCUUUGAUUCCAAGGUUGAUGGGAGAGCUCGUCGUGUGCCACAUACUGCUUUUGUUAACCCGGAAACGGAGAAUGAGGCUGGAAGAGAAAGUAUUGAAGUUCGGGCGUUGGUUUUCCACCCUGAUGACCGUGACUAG